AUGGCUAGCAAUAGUGAAGAUGACAGCCAUUUGAAGCAAAAACCUUUGGCAUGUCCUGGCCAAAAUGGUGAUGAAGAAGAAGAAGCAGAUGGGGAAGACAUAAAUGGCAAAGGUAUUUUACUAGAGAAGCUAAGCCUUGGUGGCCCAGAUGGAAGAAAAAACUUCUUGUUCUUGAUCUCGCUGGGAUACUAUGUGUCAGGGUUUUUCAUAAAGACAAGGCCAAUAUCCCAGAUAAUCGCACUCCUGAUGCUGCCAACGGAAGCUUUUUUGCGUCACGCUGCAAUAUUUCCAACCGAAUACAAGCCAGGCCAUAUUGAUGAUGCUACUUUAGGUCCAAAUGGUGGUCUCAGGGUUUACUUGGAUGGCCUGGCAAAAGCAGCAGAUGUUCCUGCAUAUGUCAAGGGAAACCCUUUUGGAGAGGCUGCUAUAUCAGCAAACCAUCCUGACUGGGAUUUCUACUCCAACAUUAUUGUCCAUUCUAAGGGCAAGAAAUCAUCAGUUUCUGGGGAUCGAAGUGAUGAACAGAUGAUUUCAAAUAAACCAUCUGGUGUUACUGGUGGUGCAGGAGCUGGCAAGGCUCCUGGUGGUGCUUCUACAAGACCUGGCUCUGGCUCAGGAGCAGCAAAAGAUGGAACAAUGAAAGCUCCUGGACAAGACGUUCGCAUAUCCAGGGAGGCUUUUGAGAAAAACCCUGCUGGAUAUUUUCAAGACUUACGCAAGAAGUAG